AUGUCAAGUUCCCCUGAGCCCGACAAUGCCGUACCCACCACCCCGGUGAGGCCUGAGCAAGAUGCUGAUAACAAAAUUUCCCACCAUGUCUUCCCGACUAGAAGACCCAAGGACGCCCUCUCGUCGCGGGCUACAUCGUCCACCUCCUUGUUGACACAAGCCUUAGCUGGUCAAAGGACACCAGCAGAUCAUUCUUCUCCAGCGGCGGGCAAUAUAUCUACUCACUACUUCCCCGACCUGAUAUCUCGUAGCCCCACCACAGAACAGCAAUGGCGGCCCAAUGGAGGGCGUCUUGACGCACAUAACUCUUCACAGGUUCCUACCGGCAAGAUGACUUCGAUCGCUCCUGCCUCCAUGGCCGAUGUGCGCGCGACCGUCAGCUUAGGUGCGUCUCCGACGUCGUCAGAGUUUACUCUACUGCGCGAUCUGGAGAAUUUUGACGCUUUGUUCGCACACCGACAACUGUUCAAUCGCACGCGAGGACGUGGCACAUCUCUGGAGCGAACGGAAAAGGAGAAGAGAGUGCACGAAGUUCCAAAGGGUACUUUUUCUAUGAAUUUAGGAGAUACUGGCAUGACAACCCCCCCUCCCGCGACUGCUUCCAAGGCAGAAGAUCCCAUAUCAAGCAAAAUUCCGGUCGAGGGUCCAAGGGCAGAAUACCGAUCAUGGAGAGAUGCUCGUCAAAACAAACCCUCCGAAAAAGCAUGGUCAAUUGGUAAACCGGGAAAUAAAGAUAGUCAUGGUGGAGGGCAGGUUGAGAAGUCAAUCACAGAAGCUCUUGCGGGAAUUGAGCACAAUAAUCGGAGUCGAAAAGCGAGUCACAGUCUCGGUUUCUUCAAGGAAGGCUUGCCAGAAGACGGUUCGAAGAGACGCGAUCCCAAAAGCCGCGGCCGAUCGAAAGAUGGUAAUACCCGGCCAAAGACCCCAUCGGAGCACGAGCACGGCAAGCCAUGGGAUGGGAAGAGUGCUGCCUCCCGGGAGAGUUUAACGCUUCAGAGUCUCAAAUCUGCCUCGAAGCCUGCGCUGCAGUCACCACUGGAACAGGAUGAAGAUCUAGCCUUGCGGGCACAGGAAUUAUCCUUAAAUCCUACCCAGGUCCUCAACACGGAAGAAGGAUAUUUCGAUGUACCCCAUCCCGUCGCGAGAGAUUCUGCAGAGGAGUUAAGAACACUUCCUCCUCAAUUGCUGGCAGAAAUUCGAAAGCAUCAUAAUUUGACUCCAGGCGCUCCUCCUGGUACUUCUUUCUCGCGGAGCAUUCCAGUUACGGCAUCAGAAAGAGCAACACCAUUUGACGGAACCCUCUCGCAAACAGGAGAAGAAGACGAAGAUGGCAGUGAACUAACUCAAGUGAAAAGUACUGAUGAUGAGGAUUCUGGUGAAGAGCAGAUUUCCUCGGCUCUCUUCGUUCCCCAUCAGACACCCCAUGAAUCGCCAGAACUUCCUAGAGACGAAGUCUGCGCCAAAGAAACAAUAAGCGCACUAGACCCUCGUCGAUUGGACCGGACGCAUUCGCAGCAGUGGCUUGAAGAACAUGAAGUGCCUUCUGAUGAGGUCGACAACAAGUACAUUGAAAAAGAUGUCAAGACCCGGCGGCCCACGUUAGUUGGCGGAGUUCAUGCACAUAAAUUUCCUGUUAUUGAACAGGAUCACAAUGGUGUUUCUGAUAUCUCUGAUCUUGAGCAGGAUUCGCAUGACGACAAUGGUUAUUAUACCACUACCGGAGAUGAGUCAAGUCUCACUGAUGAUCCAGACACCACACCGACCGGGUCUCCGAAGAACACGCCUCGUCAGUCCAAGUCGCAUAAACACAGUUCAGCCGCCCAAUCAGCGAAGCCUGCACAGCCUUUGGAAGCUAUUGAGUUAAUUCCCUAUCGGCAUCAAGUUGGUGGUCAUACCACGAUGUGGCGAUUUUCCAAACGUGCUGUCUGUAAACAAUUGAACAACCGGGAAAAUGAAUUCUAUGAACAAGUUGAGCGUCAUCACCCCAAAUUGUUGAACUUCUUACCUAGGUAUAUUGGUGUUCUCAAUGUUACAUUUGAAAGGCAAACACGUCGCAAGUCUACCAAAAAGGAUACUGGUCAGGCAGCUACCGAACGCGAGGGUAUUUCUUCGACAAAUGAAUCGCAAGAUCAGAAAGAAGAAAAGCCAACCCAAGCGCAAGCUACAAAUGGGCAUGCUGGUGAAGAUCGAACACAUACGAGAAUGAUUAGUCAAUCCCUCAGUUCCUCGUCGGUACCUGUUCCGACAGUUUCCUUUGCAAACAAUAGACAUAUUAUCCCCACCAGCUUUCUACAACCGCAUCCCCACGCGAUUGAUAUCCAGCAUAGGUCAAAGAGUGAUGGGGCUACGGUACCUGCACGCGAUCAGCCUCAGUCCCAACCACCGUUGCCUGACACUCAAUUCACAUUCAGGCCAACCUUGUCUGAUAAACAUGCUGUCAGCUGGGGUGCCACCACUGUCAACAAAAGAUUGCGUAAUGAAGUCUUUGGCGAAGCUUUUUUGCAGCAACCCAUUCCAAUUCAUCGCCAUAAGAAGCCUGCGUCGCAAAAUCGUUCUUUACCUCAUCGCCAUGGUCGUCAUCAUUUACGACCUUCAAACUCCGAAUCCAGCCUUAAGACCGCGCAGCAUGGUAUUUCGUCAUCACAUCCAGCAGAAGAGUCAAUUCGAAAGAGAGCGCUAAAAGCAGCCGCCGAGCAACGAAUGAAUGGUGUUCCUGACACUUCGCAGGGACAACAACUAGAGCAGAAGGAUGGCAAGGUCUUGGAGGAAGAGGCAGAGUUUGACGAAAAGGCAGGAACUAGUGCACCUGAACCGGAAAUUUCUCGUAGUGAAAAUGGACCACAGAAGAAGCCAAAGAGACGAUAUUCAAGUGGUGGAUUAAGACGAAAGCCUUCGAAAGUAGAGGAUGGUCGUGGUAACUUAAAAUAUUUCGAAGAAGCAGAUGAUGCUGGAUACAAAGGUGAUGGUGAAGAAGAAGUCUUUAGUAUGGACCCUGAGCCGAUCACGCCGACUAGCGAUUCGCCCGCUUCGGGUGCAGCAGACCAGACACACGCUGUAAAGGAACCUUCCAUGGCAUCACCUUCUAGUUCCAAACCAGCGGCAGUUCCCGAUUCUAGUUUAUCAGCCAAGUUUCUUGACAUUCCUAGACCGGUCAACCCAAGGGAAGCACAAGAGGUGCAAACUCCAGAAGGUUCACGUGUCGAGUACUUUUUACUCUUAGAAGAUUUGACGGCAGGUAUGAAAAGACCUUGUAUAAUGGAUCUGAAAAUGGGAACUCGACAAUAUGGAGUCGAGGCGAAUGAAAAGAAGCAGAAAUCUCAACGACAGAAAUGUGAAGCUACGACGUCUAAGCAACUAGGUGUUCGACUUUGCGGUCUACAGGUAUGGGAUGUCAAAACCCAGACGUAUAUAUUCCAAGACAAGUACUUUGGUCGAGAUCUGAAAGCCGGACGCCAAUUCCAAGAUGCUCUUACACGAUUUUUAUACGAUGGAGUUGACUAUUCAAGCGUCCUCCGCCACAUUCCCACCAUCCUCCACAAACUCUCUCAGCUCGAAGUCCUCAUCCGCAGUCUCGCCGGCUACCGCUUCUACGCCGCCAGCCUCCUCAUGUUCUACGACGGCGACACGGAAGGUGAUGACGAGUCCGACAGCGCGGCCACGGAAAAGGACGACAAGCCGCCCAAAAAGAAGGAGAUUGAUUUCAAGAUCGCGGAUUUCGCGAAUUGUGUCACGAAAGAGGAUUUACAGACCGAUCGGCCUUGUCCGCCGAGACACCCUGAGUUACCGGAUCGUGGGUUUCUAAGGGGACUGAGGACGUUGAAGAGUUAUUUUUUGAAGAUUCAGAGGGAGAAUUCUGGUGGGGGGUUUGGGAUGAAUAGUAAUGAUGACGAUGGGAAUGAGACUGGUAUAUACGAUGGCGGGUUUGAUGAUGAUGAUGAGGGGGGGAUCAGCUAUUAA